ACGGUACGGCCGUUAUUCCAGUGGCAGGUGUCUGUGUACUUCAGUAACGCCAGUGAAGUCGCACACACUCGGAGGUGCAGCUCCAAGUUUGGGGAUCUUCUUCUUAUCGCUUGUUCUACUUUCAAUUUUGUCGCGCUCGCGUUUUUUUUAAUCAAAGGAACUUGACGAACAGGAAAAGAGCUUCACGCGUGCCACCCCCUUCUCGGCGUGUGGUCUCCUUCGUGCGCUGCUUGCUCCUCGGCUUCACUGAUCAGUGUGUUCCGGCAGAUGGCCACGAUGUUGCAAGUUGCCAGAUCGGCAACGAACUGUGAUUACUGGAUCGACGUCUCCAACAAAGAAAGCGCCCUGGAAGAUUACUACGAGAUCGAAACGGAACUUGGACGUGGUGCUACUUCAGUCGUGUAUCAAUGUAGACAAAAAGGAACUGAGAAGCCUUUUGCUGUGAAAGUACUGAAGAAAACUAUAGAUAAAAAAAUAGUUCGAACUGAAAUUGGAGUUCUACUUAGACUCUCCCACCCCAAUAUUAUUAGACUGAAAGAAAUCUUUGAGACUCUAACAGAGAUCAAUUUGGUUCUGGAACUGGUCACAGGAGGAGAACUAUUUGACAGGAUUGUUGAAAAUGGAUAUUACAGUGAAAAAGAUGCUGCAAAUGCUGUCAACCAAAUUCUGGAGGCUGUUGCAUAUCUGCAUGAAAAUGGAAUCGUUCAUCGUGAUCUCAAACCUGAAAAUCUUCUCUAUGCUUCUCCCUCUCCAGAUGCAUUGUUAAAAAUAGCUGACUUUGGACUUUCCAAAAUUACAGAAGAUCAAGUGACCAUGAAGACUAUAUGUGGAACACCAGGAUACUGUGCCCCUGAAAUUUUACGAGGCUGUGCCUAUGGACCAGAAGUUGACAUGUGGUCAGUGGGAGUCAUCACCUACAUAUUACUGUGUGGCUUUGAACCAUUCUAUGAUGAGAGAGGAGAUCAAUACAUGUACAAGAGGAUCCUGAACUGUGACUAUGACUUUGUCUCCCCCUGGUGGGAUGAGGUCUCACUUAAUGCAAAGGAUUUGGUUAGAAAAUUGAUUCUUUUGGACCCUAAGAAACGUCUAACUACCUAUCAGGCCCUGCAACACCCCUGGGUAAUAGGAAAAGCUGCAAAUUUCAUACACAUGGAUAAUGCACAAAAGAAACUUCUGGAAUUCAAUGCUCGUCGCAAACUAAAAGCUGCUGUAAAAGCUGUGGUAGCAUCUGGUCGCCUUGGAAAUACAAAUAGCCAGAACAACAUUGAAAGUAGCAGCGCUGAUCCCAAUGGCUCAUCUUACCAGCAGAACGAAGGAAUGGAAAAUGAAAAUUUUCAAGACUUACAUAGAACAGUGGAAGAUGAAGUGAAUCAAAACACUGGUCAUGAUAGUCCUGCUGAUGCUGGUGAUGCCAGUAAAGAUGUCAUCGCUCAUACCAACACUGGUGAUGCCAGCAGUGAUGUCAGUGCUGAUAUUGACACUGGUGAUGUCAGCCCUGAUGCUGUCACCAUGUUAGAAUCACAGGAAAGGCCAAAAGAAACACUCCAAGAACAGGAGUUCCCUGAUGAUAUAGAAAAGGUUGAUGAAUAGGGUGAUGUACGUGAACUGGGAAUUGUGUACAGUCCUUCACAGAAAUGUUAUCAUAGAAAGAAGCAAAACCAACAUUACAAUUUAUCUUUGAGUGUAGGUUUUUAAAAAAAGCAGUUUUACUGCUCCAGUUCUUUAAACUGUACGCUGUGCAUGAGAUGCCAGUGGUGUGGCUUUUGUGUUGAUUUAAUGACGGCUGUUAAUUGGUGUACAGGCUUGUAAUGAUGGAAGUUCCACAAUAUUUUCUUGUAUGCAAUUUGCUUCAGCAGUUUGAAUGGCUUAUAUAGUCUGAAGCCUGAAUGGCUUGUAUAGUCCAAAAGGUUAGUUAAGUUGCAUAAACUUGCAGCUGAAUUUUAGUCCCUUAUUAGCUUGAUGAUUUCAUUUAAAUUUGUCUAUUUUCUAUUUACGUAUAAAGUUGUGCUGAUGCCAAUCAGUACAGUAUUCAUUAAAUUAAUUUCUUCACUGUUGCAUUCGCUAUUUAUUUUUCUUAUUAAGAUUUAAAAUAGUUUAAAACCAUUUUAGUUAUAGUUUAGCGCUAUAGCUUUUCUCAUCCAUAGACAUUUAAAGAGAAAACUUUAAGGACGUUUGAGCUAUUUAAACUGUUUAAUUUGAAUAAUACAGUGCAUCAUUCCAUAUCAACAAUGCGUAUAAUGUAAAAGAACAGAAGCACUGGUAGUUUACUGAUGGUUUACAAUGGAAAAAGUUGGUGGCAUCGUGGCUCAGUGGUUAGCACUGCUGCUUCACAACGCCAGGGACUGGGGUUUGGUUCCACCCUCAGGCUGUGUGGAGUUUGCAUGGGUUUCCUCUGGGUGUUCCAGUUUCCUCCAACAGUCCAAAGAUGUGCAGGCUGGGUGGAUUGGCCAUGCUAAAUUGUCCAUAGUGUUCAGGGAUGUGUAGAUUAGGUAGGUUAUAGUGGGAUGGCUCUGGGUGGGAUGCUUUGAGGGUCAGUGUGGACUUAUUGGGCCAAAGGUCCUGUUUCCACACUGUAGGGGUUCUAUGAGUUCUAUAGCUGUCAAAAGACCAAACUGCUAAUUGGACAAAGUGGUUUCCUAAUGUUAAUACUGGAAAUUACAUUAAACUAAUAAAAAUAGCAUAACUCACUUGCGACAGGCCACACACAAAUGUAAGUGUUGUGUGGGAUAUUUUUCUAUAUUUAUUUAAUGGGUGAUAAUCUUUGUGUUUUCAGAUCGUAUUGAUAUUUUGCUUUUUCACUUUCUCAGAAUUAUUAAUGUGAAUGGAAUCAAACUGGAAAUAUAUUCGUCAUAUUCUUCUGAAUACAAAAUCUGUUGAGUGUCUUGUUCAGUAUUUGUAAUGCAUGCUACGCAGAAUAAAAUGCUAGAAUAUUUUUUAACAUACUGGCAUGCAGAAUAGGUACACUAUAUAAUACAUGGUUAAAAAAAUCAAGAACAGUUUUUCCUACCCAGUUCCAAUCACAAAGUUUAUUUGUAUUUCUAUUCGUGGUCAAAGUGUUGCAUUCAAGAGUUAUGUUAAUGAUUAAAUGUACUGCCUGAGA